AUGAACACAUCAAAUAACAAUGAUAUUAAUAUACUCGAUUUACCUGAUGAAAUGUUACUUAUUAUUCUCAGCAAAUUGGAUAUGGUUGAUGUAUUCUAUUCACUGGUGAAUCUAAAUAAACGUUUUAAUCAAUUAGUAUUUGAUCCUCUCUAUAUUCAUCAUUUGGAUUUAACAGUCAAAACAUCGUUUGUUCAUAAUUCUCCGGUAGAUAAUCAAAUUUUCGAUCAAAUUUGCACAAAAAUUUUACCUCGACUUCAUUGUAAAGUGAAUAAAAUCACGGUUACAUCACUCUCUAUGGAAUUUAUUUUUAAUACAAUUGAUUAUCCUCAACUUCACUUGCUAUCACUUGUCAAUUUUCAACAAGAAACACUUUUACAAUAUUUAACAAGAUAUCAACAUGUGGAUACAUAUUUCAAUGUUAUGAAAAUUGAAGGCAGAUGCCAUGUAUAUUCACUUCCAUAUCAAUUCGAUACUUUUUUACAUCUAACCAACUCGUUUCGGCGUGGUAAUUUCUAUACAGUUCGAUGGCUGAUUAUGAAUGAUGUACAAUCAUUUGAACAUGAAUUUUUUCAAAUAAUUUCUCAAGAUUUUCCUUUUCUGCAACGAUUAACUGUGUAUAAUUUUGAACCACAAAAGAACAAACAACAUUCAUCUACAUUGAUUACGUCUGCUGAAGUUUUCGAGCUGAAUCUUCUGUUUGCACAUAUUGAUUAUGUUGAAGAAUUUCUCUCGGAAACAAACAUUCGUUUCCCUCGAUUAACAAUUCUUGCUAUCAAAUAUGAAUUAUCAGCAAUGGUAACAAAUAAUUUUACGAAUGAUGCAGCACGUUUCAAUCUUAGUCAAUUGUGA